AUGGUUCGGAUUCGAGUAUUUGCGAGAGUCAUACCUGAGGAUGUGUAUCUCCGAGAUAUUGGGUCUUCAACACCAUCGCGUCCUAUACUUGCAUUAGAGAACGAGAAGAAAUUGAUGGAAGUGAUCGAUAACCCAGAGAAGGUAUCGAUUGGAUGUCUCGUGAAUCAGUUUAGGGAGACCUCUCAGAGACUUUAUCGCGAGCCUUUAGGGGAAAUCAAAUACCUGAAAGAUAGCGAGCUCGAUGCAGAUCUUGAUCCCGAGAUGUCGAUAUAUGAUGCCUUCGUUGAUGCCGGAAGAGCAGCAACCUCUCCCCACGACCAAAAAGCCACAUUCAAAAUCAUUUGCAAGGUUAAAGGACGGUAUUUUGAUGUACGUCAAGGUUCGGUGGUGCCUGAUCUAAGCAACCCGCAAUUCCAGCAUCCACUGCGUCCACCAGUCCCACCCUUCCCUACCACCAACCAGAGCCUGGGCAAGCGGUCACGACUCGAUGCGUUCACAGAGGAAGCGUCCAGAAGAGAAGGAAGUCAUAGCCCAAGUUCCACCCGAAGGCGACGUCUUGAUACGUUGAAAGAGCGUGAGGCAUUCGAACGACCGGUCCUCUCAAUCGAACGGGACGUACACAAGCCACACGGAGAAGGAAGCCGUCGUCAAGGAUCUCCUGUUGUCAUACCCGAGACCCAAGAUCCUUAUCUACAACAUGAAGCAUAUCGUCGGCAACGGGGUAGUGAGAUUCUCGGCGAGGAUGAGCCGAAGUCGGAAUCUCCCGAAGUCGGCGACAGCAUCCACAGCCUACCAAUAGCACAACAGGAUGCCCACGAUGUGGAUAUACCCGAGCCUGCUCCACCAACACGGAGGCUUACAAAAACUAGCUCGAGAAUAUCAGACGACAACCAGACCCGUAACAAAGGUGUAUCUGCUCAAGAAUCAACAUCCCAUGCUUCCUCCAGUUAUUAUUCUCCCUCCUCCGGCUCUGUCCUCUCCACCUCCCAAGGCCGUGUGUCUGGUGGCGACCCAGCUACAGCGUCUAGCGAAAACGCGGGCGUACUAAAUGGAGCCCGUGCGACAGCAAGCUUUACAAGAACCAGAUUGGAUCUGGCAAAGGAAAGGGCCGUCGAAAAUGGGCCUGUCACGCCAACCUCAGACACUUCUCGCCGUAACCGUUCUAUAGCUACCGCACAGGCAACAGCUCAAACAGCCCCUCAUCGAACUGGCCCUUCAUCCCGAACUUCCAGCUUUUCCUACAAAUUUAGACGAGACGAUCGAGCUCGAAGCGCCGAGUCUGAGAUAGAUGAUACUCAAAUGUCACCUCGGUCACGAAGGGCGUUGAAAAGACCACGAAAUGCAAGAAACUCAGAUGCCGGGCCCAAGGCUAUCAGUUUAAAAGAGCUAUCUGGCCUCUUUCACCAUGUGGAUGAAAAUCGACCUCUCAUACAGGAGCACAAGCGACGACGUAAGGAGACCACAUGGGAUUUCAGUGAGCAUGUAGAGGGCUUGUCUGGGGAUGAAGAUGGAAACACGUCAAGAGGCGAGGAUCAAAGGCAGGAGGAAUUUCAUCAAGCCAGCGCCAGUAACGACUCGUCAGAGAAGGAUGAAGCCGAGGAUGUUGCUGGGCAAAGAGCCAAGUCACAGUCACUUUCAGAUAUAACGAAUAGAGAUUCAAAUGCAUCAACAGAACGACCGAUACAUUAUGGAAGCCUGAAUACACUCAGCUUGUCUCACCCGGCACAACCUCAGGCAUUCAGUAAUGAGCCUAUCGCUGGCAACAUGUCCGAGAAUGACUCAGACAAGGAGAACGCAAAUUAUGAGCAAGCAACUCACCCACGAUCGCCUCGUGUACACCCACGCCAAGAUGUCAACGUCGCAGAAGCGGAGUCGUCGGAAGCACAAGGGAGAGAACGUGCCUCCGCCGGCAGCGAAAGUGGCCAUGGGAAGCAGGAAAAUAACUCGGUGCUCAAGAUUCUGAACAAUGAAGCCAUCUCUCAUGGUAACGCGCCAGCAGAGGGGGUGGCGAGCAGUGCACAACAUUUACACCAUGAUUUCCAGGAACAAAUGCAACCUUCCUCAAGCCUUCCAGACGCUCCACCUCCUAAGAAGCGUCGCAUGAGGAAAAAGAAGUCUCGUCUUGAAGAGGAGGAGGAAACACCGAAAUUUGACAACCACCAAGUGAAAGGUCAGCCGGCAGUCAAGCUCAAUGCUAGGAAUGUAUCUGGAACGUCGGACAACGAAGUUUCAGUCUCCGUGCCUGCAUCCAAAACAAGAGAUACGGCCAUCCCAUUGACCGAGCCUGAUGAGCAGCUGUCUCAGGAUCUUCAGGCAUCUGCUCGAGCGAGUAGUAACAAGCCCUCCAUUACACCGAAAACUGGGAAAGUUCCCGCCCAGAAGCAAGAUUCAUGGCUGAAACAUGGAACAAGAACUGCUGAUGUCCGAGCACCGGAAGAGUUCUCAGGUAAACCUCUGAGGGGUGAAACGGAAGUAGGCCAAGGCUCUUCCACCGUCGAACGGCAACAAGGCGGGCCGAGCGAUUCCCUCCAUCAGCCAGGCGAGGCCGUGCUGGAUAAUAGUAACCCGGUGAAGAACGUCAGUCAGGGUAAGAGCAAGGAUGGAAAACUCGGCCUCGGCUUCUCACAAAGCCCUCCCAGCAAGAACAGCGCCUUUCGCCAGCCGAAUGUGAGGGUUGAAAAAGCCAGUCGCAAGGAGCACAAGGAGAAUUCUGAGUCAUUGCCCAAUGCAAAGGGAAAUGUGCCGUUCCUGAAGAAGUCAAGAUCUUUUGACAAGGUCAUGUCAAGUCAGAGUUGGAGCGGUGAUACUCCCUCGCGCCCUGCGCAACUAGAGCAGAAAGAUCAUUCCAGUGCUGACCACAGCGCUGUACAACUUCCAGCACGAAAGUCCAGUGCACCUGGUGUCCCAAGAAGUGCAGCCGGCAAUGCUCCGGUCCUGACUAUUGCCAGCAGUGGUGAAUCGGGCCCCGAGUCUGACUCGUCAGAUGAUGCUUCUUCCAAUGCGGGCAAUGAGACAUCGAGAAUUGAUCAGAAGAAUGUCACAAAUGGGGCGAAAAUUGUCACAACAGAUGCAGCAGUGCCCAGUAUCGAGAUUCUCUCUGAUUCUUCUUCUUCUGAAGCCGGAGUAAGGCUACAUCCAUCGAAGACAGCCACCAAGUCCAGCAAGCCUCAUACCAACGGACCUACAAUUAUUCCCAAGGGUAACAACGUGUACAAUAUCAAUGGAACGUCGAUAGUUGUUCCUCCCGGCUUCACGUUGGAUGCAUAUCUUGCAAUGAGAUCAGAUCUAGCAAACCAGCCACCAAAGCCAAAUCCACGAAACCGUAUUGCCGGUUCCCGCAAGUCUGCCACACCAACCCUGAGCCGGAAAGACAGCAGUUCUACACCGGUUCCCGUCCCAGCCAAGGUGGCUCCGAAGAAGGUGGUUUCAAAGUCCAACGUGAAGCAGUCGGCAGAUAGCGCAACGGCAAAAGACCUAGACCAGUCAUCCGCUGCUCCUUCAACCACCAAGACUGCUGUAAAGCAAUCUUCCAAAGCUUCGAAGCCCAAGGUUUCAGUGCAAGCGUCAACCGCUGUUGCAGCAAAGAAAGCUCAAAGUGGCGAUGUGGUGUCAUCGUCAUCCUCCAGAACUCAGCGUCCAGCCAAUGUUUCGACCAUUGCAAAGAAUCCCACGGCCGGGUCAACCUCUACCAACAUCAAAUCUGCCAUAGCCCCUCCAGCGAAGCCAAAGGCUCCACACAAUGCCAUAUCAGCAGAGAAACCUUCGUACAUGAAAGAGCUCAUUGCUCAACGGGAAGUACAAAGAGCAGAGAAGACAACUGCUUCAUCCUUCAAGAAAUCAGGAUUGCCGACUCCAAAUCUAGCCAACGGCAAAAAUCUGUUGGGAGAUGGUGAUUCAGAGUCCGAGUCAGAGACCGAAAGUGAGAGCGAUAGUGAGACCAAUUCUUCGGACAAGCGCUUCGUGGCUGCCAAAGGAAGACCAACGUCAGUGAAGGGACCAGCUACGAGCACUGUAACUGUCGAUCUAUCGAUUCGGGAUGGAAGCCCUUCUUCAGACGAGGAGGAGCUUUAA